AUGCCCAAAGCUACGAAGGAGAAGAAGGCCGCCAAGUCGACCAAAGACAAACCCUACUCAAAGGCGGCAAGGUCCGACCCCACGUCACGUCGCUUAAUGUCUACUCUCACAAAGCUGUUUCAUCGUUUAGCCUUCAGCCCGGGCCGGAAAGCUGACGACGGUGUUCCUUACAGAUAUUAUAACGACAAUCAGAACCAUGGCGGCAGCAGUAAUAAGUCGGAAGCAGCAACGAGAGCGCAGCUGAACAAGUUUUUCGAUGAUCUCAUUCCAGAGGAGGAGAAAGCGCGGAGCUCAGAGCCGAUUUCCGAGAUCGGCGCCGAGCAGUCCAUGGCCUACCUCGAACGCCUCGAGGUCAACAUGGCCAACUACGAGCUCUUCGUAGUGCUCGAGAUCGUCAAGGCCGAGUCCAUCGGCACCAUUACGCGAUCGGGCUUCGUCGACGGCUGGGCCCGCGUCAUCGCCGAGACCAGCAGUCACGCUAACAGCAGCAUGCGGGUCACGCCCGACUGGGACGGCCAACAGCAGUACGUGCGCAGCCGCGUCGCCCAGGCCCUGACCGACGACGACUACUUCAAAACCCUCUACGAUUUCGCCUUCCAGGUCGGCCGCGAGCCGCCGCAGAAGGCCGUCGCGAUGGCCGUCGCCGUCAGCUUCUGGGAGGGCCUGUACGAGCCCCACAGCAACCCGUGGCGGUCCGCCCACGUCAACUGGCUGGAGCAGUGGACAGCGUACCUGCGGGAGAAGUACGGCGUCGUCAAAACGAACGAGGACGGCGAGGAGGAGGUCGAGUACAAGCGGACGGUUAGCAAGGACCUCUGGACCCAGACCCGCCUCUUCGCCAUCAAGACCAUGAAGGACGAGACGCUGGGCUUCUGGUCCGAGGAGCAGGCCUGGCCGGGCAUCAUCGACGACUUUGUGUUGUGGUGCCGGGAGAAGGGAAUCGUGAAGGAGACGAAGCCCGGGGACGUCAUGGAAGCAGACUGA